UUCUUGAAUUCUGAUUUGGGUUUUUCCUCAUGAGCUUCAUUUGUCACACAUUUAACUUAUAUCUUUAUGAUCCCAGAUCAUAAGUUUUUUCUUUUAAAAGUAAAGUAUUGUUUGUGAAUUUUGUAAGGUAAUUAUAGCUUUCUUGGUUUUUGUUUUGUGAUUUAGCAUUUGAUUGAAAAAGUUAAGCUGCAAUUCUUGAUUUCCGAUAUGUGUUUUUCUCAUUGCUUCAUUUGGGGUGUCUUGGGGUAGGUGAAUUCAUACAUUAUACCUAUGUUUUCUUUAUUAUAACAAUGAUGUCUGGCCCGGCUUUUGCGCACCUCGACUAAAUCCACGAGAUACAUGUCACCUCCCAUCAGCAACAUAUCCAAAUCCAAAGUUUUUUAGCGCACCUCGGCUAAAUCCAUGGGAUACAUGUCAUCUCCCACCAACAAUAAAUCCAAAUCCAAGGCUAGGACAGAUGAGAAGAAUCAACAUUAAACUUAUAAUAUACACCAUGGCUGCUACCCCAACAAGAAUUGGUCUAGCUGGCCUUGCUGUUAUGGGCCAAAAUCUUGCUCUUAAUAUUGCUGAGAAAGGAUUCCCCAUAUCUGUUUACAACCGAACCACUUCAAAAGUUGAUGAGACUGUUGAACGAGCUAAAAAGGAAGGAAAUCUCCCUCUCUAUGGCUUUCAUGACCCUGAGUCCUUUGUCCUCUCUAUCCAAAAGCCUCGCGUCAUAAUCAUUCUUGUCAAGGCUGGAGCACCAGUUGAUCAGACCAUCAAAACCCUAUCUUCUUACAUGGAGAAAGGAGACUGUAUCAUUGAUGGUGGCAACGAAUGGUAUGAGAACACAGAGAGGAGAGAGAAAGAAGUGGCUGAGUUAGGUCUUCUGUAUCUAGGGAUGGGAGUUUCAGGUGGUGAAGAGGGUGCUCGAAAUGGACCGUCACUGAUGCCUGGAGGCUCUUUUGAAGCCUACAAAAACAUAGAAGAUAUCUUACUAAAAGUCGCUGCUCAAGUUCCUGAUAGUGGACCUUGUGUUACAUACAUUGGCAAAGGUGGUUCUGGAAAUUUUGUUAAGAUGGUUCACAAUGGAAUUGAGUAUGGUGAUAUGCAGCUGAUUGCAGAGGCUUAUGACGUUCUGAAAUCUGUUGGGAAGCUCUCUAAUGAUGAAUUGCAUCAAGCUUUCUCAGAAUGGAACAAAGGGGAGCUUCUGAGCUUCUUGAUUGAAAUUACAGCCGAUAUAUUUGGAAUCAAGGAUGACAAAGCAGAUGGAUAUUUGGUAGACAAGGUUUUAGACAAGACUGGAAUGAAAGGUACGGGUAAAUGGACCGUUCAGCAAGCUGCUGAACUGUCAGUUGCUGCUCCUACAAUAGCCUCGUCCUUGGAUUCAAGAUUCCUUAGUGGAUUGAAGGAUGAAAGGGUGCAAGCAGCCAAAGUUUUCAAAUCUUGUGGGGUCAGCGACAUCCUUGUUGAACAGUCUGUUGAUAAGAAGCAAUUGAUUGACGAUGUCAGAAAAGCACUCUAUGCUUCGAAAAUAUGUAGCUAUGCUCAGGGAAUGAAUUUGAUAAGGGCAAAAAGUGCUGAGAAGGGAUGGGGCUUGAAACUAGGGGAGCUUGCUAGGAUUUGGAAAGGUGGCUGCAUUAUUCGUGCUAUAUUUUUGGAUCGUAUUAAGCAAGCUUAUGACAGAAAUGCAGAUCUCGCUAACCUGCUUGUGGAUGAAGAGUUCGCAAAGGAGGUAGUUGAACGCCAGUCUGCCUGGAGAAGAGUGGUCUGCCUAGCUAUAAAUUCGGGUAUUAGCACACCUGGCAUGUCUUCAAGUCUUGCUUACUUCGACACGUACAGGAGGGAAAGGCUUCCUGCAAAUUUAGUCCAAGCUCAAAGGGAUUACUUUGGUGCUCAUACUUAUGAGAGGGCUGAUUUGUCAGGGUCAUUUCACACUGAGUGGUUCAAGAUUGCCAAACAGUCGAAGAUCUGAGUUCUGCUGGUUACAUUCUUGUCAUUGACCUAAUUGAAUAAAAUUCAUGUCCUCUCUUGUAACUGAAUCCGGGAACUUAGAUCCCGUGGUAUCAUCUUGUCAUCUGGUCUCUCAAGUAUUGAAGUUUUUAUGUUUGUUAUGGAGCCUAUUUGUACCUAUAGGCCUUGGCGGCUUUUAUCUCAUAUUAUGUCUUCCAAGUUAUUGAAACCUAUCGUACUAAUUAAAGAAAGUAUUAUUCCUUGUUUUAGAUAA